ACCACACAGUAAAGACCGGGGAGCAAAGAGAUUGAGGCAGGGGUGAGCAGACGACGGUUCGUAUCUCCAGCCAAGCACACUCCCUCCCCUAGCGACGGUCCGGCGGAUGGACCUGCAUGCCCGCCUGCUGCGCUGCGGCUGUGUCCCCGGCUUUCGGCUUUCCCAGGAUCCGCCGCAAGGCGCUGUUCCCUGGGCUCACCGGCCGACGCCAUCCCCUAGGCUCACCGGCCGACGCCGUGGAAGGCAGGUACGUGGGAGGACUCCACCCUCCUCAGGCUGCGCCGCCCUACGUCCCCCACCUCGAUGGAAGCUGCCCGCUUCCUCCAGCCGCUCGCCGAUGGGAUCUGUCGGCCGCCCGGCCCCGCGCCGCCACCGUCCAGGAAGGAGAUAUCGCCGUGCGGGCGCUUCUUGAGCUCGGGAGAGGCACCGAUACUGUCCAACCAAGUCUGUGUAUCCACAUUGAUUCUUAUGGCAGUGAAAGCUUCUUCAAAGUCUUCCUCUUCCUCGUACUUGUACAUGCAAGCACUAAAAUCAGCAAGUACAUUUGGGCCAUCCUCGUCUUUUUCUUAUGAGGAGAAGGAAGAGGCAAAACGGAGAUCAUCUACAUUAAUCUCCUGUCAAGUAUUGGAAAUUCCAAGUAUUUCAUGAGCAAAGCACCUAUGGUACAACUUGCAUCUAUAGAUCUAACUACAUUCAUGUAUUUUAUCUUGAGAUUAUUCAAAACAACAGAGAUCACUUCUGUUAGCAAAGCACCUAUGGUACAACUUGCAUGUACAGGUCUGACUACAUUCAUGUAUUUUAUCUUGAGCUAUUUAGAACAAUAGAGAUCACUUCUGUUCAAAUAUACUUUUUCACUGUAACAUCAUCCAAAAGGUGCAGGAAUAAAUUUUGGAUCUCCUUCCUUCCUUAA